AUGGAGGCCACUGGUCUACAACGAAGCGUCUGCCACGCAGCAACAGUGCACGUCAAAAGGGAGGCGAGAGAUGCAAAACAAUCUGCGCUGGGUUUGGGCAGCCAGGGUUCGCCUGCGCUUUGCAGCGAUCCUGCAUACGGAGGAGGAAGAGGAGGGCUGGACCACGCUACAGAGGAGCUGCUGCUGGGACCGUCGGCGCUCCACGCCGCCGCCACGACUACUACGGAUGUACAACUAUCCUCCAUGAUAUCAUUCCCACCUCCCCCCGGUUCCGAUUUCACCUCCGAGGCUGUUAUUUGUCUGAUCGACGCGGUCGGCCGCCGCUGGGGCCUCUACGAGACCCGGGAGCGCUCGCAGCUCUUCCAAAGCGUCCAGGAGGAGUUGGCCUCCAAGGGGCACUUCCAUCCCGUUGAAAAAAUCCGCCGUAAAUGGAACAACCUGAUCGUGACCUACAAGAGGGUCAAAGAGCGCAGUCGAGAGAAGGGGCACGCCAAGACAACGUGGGAGUUUUUCGAUCUGAUGGAUGUUAUGCUCUGUGAAACCCUGGGUUUUUACAUCAGCAGCAACAAACUCAGCAAAGGAGGCGGAGCCAAAGGCGCACACGUCUCAGCAAAGGCGGCUUCGAGACUACACGUCCCGCAGUCUGCGACUCUCGUCCACCCUAAUGGGAACUUGUCUGUUCAAGGGGAAUCAGGGGUCAUGGGUCAGGCCUGCGCCGGCGGUAGCGGCAAUGUUCGCCAAAGCGACAGUCCGGACCUCAAGCCGCUCAUAGUCCUCAGCGGUGACCUCGUCCCGGCCAAGCUUCACCUGGCUUCCGCUGAUCCAGCCCAAUCGUUUAUCUCCUCGCCUUGUUUCUCACAAGCCUCCUCCCCUUCUCUUGUGCCCACCGUCAACACGGACCCCAACGCAUCCCGCAGAACGGCGUCCUUCCCAACAGAUGUGGUGUGCUUCGGCCAUAACAACAACCUCGCUUCCAAUUUCCCCACCACGUGCUCCUCUCUUUCAUCCCUGGUUUCCGCCUCGGCCACGUCAGCACCCGAAGGCCACAAGGCGCAAAGCGGCACCUCCGUCUACCAGGAGAUAGUCAAGCGGAAGGAGGCGCAGGCUGACCUGGACGGCGCGGCUCGCGCGAGGAUGGAAGCCAGAGAGAGGCGGCAGGAGAAGAGGGAGGUGCGGAUGGGGAAGUCCCUGUGCAGGAUCGCUACGGCCCUGGAGCUGCUCUCCUCCAAACAGGACACCGUCAUCGCGCUACUGCAGAGGCUGGCUGAUAAAAAGUGAAGAAGGAAGAGCUCAUGUUAAAGGUUAACACAUUUUAUUUGUCUUGAAUUUUUCUUUUCCCCAUCUCAUAUUUUAUAAUCUGGCAUUUCAAAAGGGGGGUGUAGACUUACGUCCACUUUAUAUCUAUGAUGUGUUAGCCAUUUCGGAGAAAUUAUAUUGACACAAAAAUUAAUUUGACAAACCUAUUUAGGAUGGUCUUCCAAUUAAAUAAAGUCAUGACUAUUUUUUUUUUUUUUCAAAUGAGCACAAUGGAGAAAUGUACUGCACUGCAAAUAAAAAUUGUAAUAUGUUGAUCUAUUCAUUUUUAAUAAAAAGCUAAUUGGAUUA